GGAAUUGGCAUUCCUGCCGCAAGUAUCCACUUUUUCACGGGCAACAAAUUGACAAAGAAUUUUAAAGAUUAUUUCUUGUGGCCAUUGCAGGUUCCGCAAAAGCCACUUGCCAAAAUAGGAGGCUCGAACGGAGCCCAGACCCGAAGUGAACGAUCGUAGAAACCGUGAAUAUUGUGGAAUUUGAGUACUGAAACGCACCAAACCUUUUUUUGUAUGCCGUGAGCUAAGAGAAGGCGGAAAUCGGGAGUUGGGAAUCCGGGAAUAGGGAAUUGAAAGAACGAGUCGGAGGGAAAUGGAGCAAAACUCGAACAGUUCUCCCGCGGAGGCGUUGGUAGAGGCACCAGCUCCAGAUUCAGAGUAUGGCAUUGAUAACUGCUCCGGAUCCGGGUUGUCGGGUUGCGAUACUGUGAGCGCCAAUCAUGAGUUUCAGACCAUGAAACCUGGACCCGGGGUUGUGCACGGGGUGCUUGCCAGCACCACCACCGCAGCCACAAAUGGACGCACUCGAGCCGAAUUGCCGCACAGCGAGCUGGUUAAAAUGUUAUACUACCUGGAAGGUGAACUACAAGCGCGGGAUGUCUGCAUUGCCGCCCUGAGGAACGAGCGAGUAAAGCAGCUCAUUGCCCAGCUGCGUACUAAGCGAUUACAGCCCAACGAUCCAUAUGCGGCCAUAUUUCGGGAUAAGAUCGCUCUCAAUGGGAACCUUAUCUCCAGGGAAUCAUCUACUCAGGCGGCCCAGGCCGAAAUGGAGGUGCGUCAAAUAAUUGAGCAGCAGAUGGAGCAACAGUAUCAAAUGGUCAGCAAGCAGAGAGCCACACAUGUACGUAUGGUAAACAUACUGACCGAAUCGCUGGAGAACAACCAGCGUAUGCUGCAGGAGUUAGAGGAGGAGAAGCGAAAGCACGAGCACACCACGGCGCAGGGAGAUGACAUCACAUACGGCCUUGAGAUGGAGCGCAGCAAGCUUAAGCAGGAUCUCGAGGAAGAACGGGCACAGGUGGCCAAAAUGGAGAAGGAUUUGAAGAAGCUGCAGGAGACGCUUGAGUACGAGCGCAAUCGACAAAAGCAGAUUGUUCUUCUUCUGAUUGCGGAGCGCAAAAAAAUAUUGAUGAAAUAUAUUGAAGAAGGAAAACGCUCUGAGGAUCUAGCUCAAAUUCUGGCAGAGGAGAAGCAACGUUCAGACACUAUAGCCGAGGGUCUCGAAGAGGAGAGCAAAAAGUCAUUGCGCAUGGAGGAGGAGCUGGAGAAACAAACACAUGCCAUGGAGCAGGAACGAAAAGUUCUGUUUGCUAAACUGGCGAAGGAGGAACUACGGGUUAAGGAGCUGGAGCAGGAACUUAAUGCCCUACGCGGCGAACACGAGGCUCUGAAAAAGCAGCAGCCACUAGGGGGCAGCGGAUCUUCAGUGACCGCCACUAAGGCGCGACAAUUCAGCGACGACGCCUGUGCCACGCCCCCAAUGGUGAACAUCGCCAAGAUCGUGCAGCCAACUGCCACGGUUACUAGCAUGCCGGUUUCGGGACCACAGACCGGCAUCGCGCGUUCCAUAGCGCCGGGCCAAAACAUCCGGAGUGCUGGUAUCGCAACGGCGCCCACGGGCACGGCCACAGCAGCAAUAGCACCACUUUCGGCCGUGCUCAACCACACCACAACCACUACGAACAACACCACCAGCAGUAGCAACGCCACCGGAAUCGUUGGGCAAGCAACAGCAUUGAUGGAAACGUCUGCCACAGUCACCGUACCCAUGGUAGCGCCACCCUCACCCUCGCCGGCGAAGAUGCAGCCAACGGCCACUAUUCAGCGGGCGCCCGGUGGCAAAUAUGCCGCCCUGGCUGCGGCAGCUGCGCUCGAUCAGACGGCCACACCACCACAUCCUCAUCCCGUUCCCAUUGCCGUGCCACCAGUUACAGUACCACCUGCGGGAGCCCGUGGUGCACCGCCACCCAUACCGACCAAGCCGAUCGUACCGCCCAAGCGGGAGCCAUCGCUCUCUCGGCUGGGGUCGAUCUCGGGCAGCAGUGCCAUAGCGGCUGCCACGGCGGCCACCGCAUCCACCACGGCCACAGCAUCGACGAGCGCGGCAAAGCAUAAUUAGACACCCCCACUCAGAUUCACAUUAAUAACUGAUAUUGGGCGUAGGAUAAGUGAAAUACUCAAGCAGCGUAGUCCCUCAACGACCCCACUAGGCAACAGGAUCUUCCAUCUCGAACUGCCAUAAGAAAUAGUUCUUCCUGCAUCCAUUCCUAAAAAGCUGCCUUUUUUAUAAUCAAACUGUUUCUCUAAACAGUAAUCGUAACCUUGGGUCACUUAUAAACAUUUGAAACUUUUUUGAAUUCUUUAAAUAUUUUCUAAUUCUUGUUAUCAAUUCCAAUUACAAAAGAUUUCGAUUUUUACAUUUUUAGAAUCUUUUUAAAAUGGAAUUAUCAACAUUGAUUAAUAUUUCAUUGCAAUUCAAAAUUAUUCUUAAUGUUAAGAUCUUCAACUAUGGUAUAUACCCCGAGGGUAAAUGAUUUCCCUAAAAAUGGAAGUGAAGUUAAUUUUUUUAUUUAACAUAUUUGUAUGUAAAAGUAUUGUUCAAUUUUUUUCCCAAAACUCCAUAAAAUCUUGUCAGUUCGAGAUUGGAAUGUUAAUAAGUUGACAUUUUUUGAUUAUUUGUGUAUUUUCUGUUGCCUAGUGUGAUUGGCCAAGGAAUGAUUUUGAAAGAAAAAUUAGUAGGAGUUUGUUAAGCAUUAGAAUGAUGAAUACGCAGUGCGAUCCACCCCUGGCGGCUUUUCGUCUAUGUUUAGUUUAGUUUUGAUUGUUUUUACCAAGCGAAUGAUAUAUAUUUUGUAAUGCCGAUGGCGGUUCAAGGGCCAAGCCAAGAGACAAGCGACUUUAAUUGUAAUUCCGUACAUAGUAAUCGAACAUUUUGUACAAGGCCGUGCGAUUCUCAUAACGAUUAACAACCAGAAUAUAUAGUAAUUAUAUACAUACCCCCAGAUAUAUAUAUAUCCACGCAUAUACAUAAACUUAUGUGUACUAACCCUUGAGCUCUGGGCGUUGUUUAAUAGUUUUAGGUGCGUCGUAUACGUGUGUCAACUUUCUAUCUGUGCAGCUAAAGUACUUCGUAGUGAUUGAUUUUAAUAUAUUUUAAGUUUGGUUUAAGCUGUUUUGAUUUGCCGCCUAGCUGAUUCCAGAGAAGUGUAUCCUAUAGAUUAACCCAUGCCGUGUACACUAGCAUAGUUAGCUGGGAUACCAGCAGGUUGGAGCUGCUUUUAACGAUUGCGUUAUCCUUAGUUUACUAAUGCGUACUGUAAACCCUCCAGCCCCAUGCAGCUUGGAUUUCCUUUUAGUCAAAGGGCAGCAGCCAGUCAAGUAGUGUUGUUGGUACAAUAAAUAGCAAAGAGGCACAAGAUAUAAACAAAAUGCGUAUGAAUAACAAGUUAGCAAUGCAAACAAUCUAUAUUACGAUGUAUUGGAAAAGCGAAAAAUACAAAAUAAAUUACUCUAAAAAUGCA